AUUGAUAUAAAAAGUGAAGGCAAUUUUGUGUUCGUGUGUAUUCAUGUGUAAUGUAAUAUUGUGAUAUUGCAAAAUGGCUGCUAGAAUUUGUUCAACGGAAGUUGAAUUUGCUUAGGUGUACUAGAAAAUACUUUUAAUUGAAUUUUUUCAUGGGUGAGGAGAUUAGAUUGUGAGAGAAUUAAGGAUUCAAAAUGCAGAACUUUGAUGAUCUUGAUAUUGAGGGAAGAAAUCCUAGCCAUCAGUCUGAAGAAGAAAGAGAAAAGGAGGAACAUGAUCGAAAGCGACUAAUGAGAACGAGUGUGACGGCCGAGGAUGGAACUUUAAGACCAGUUUAUUCGGAAACAGAAGACGGUGAUAUUUGGUGUCAUAUUUGUAAUGUAGCUCUAUUUGGAGCUCACAAAUUACUCAGUCAUAAUAUUUGCAAUCGUCAUAAAAUCAAAUUAGACGAAUGGCCAUAUCCUGUUUUAUUAUGGUCGAAAAAAUCUGAUACAGUGAGUAAAAAUGUGGUUAAACCUAAUCCAUCAUCAUUAGCGUCUGGUGAGCCAUUACCGCCAGGAAUGGAGGAUCAAAUUGUCAGGAACACAAGUAUUCAGGUCAGUUUGGAUCGUCAUCGUAGUUCGCCUCUUGUUGGUUUAGAAUAUCUACUUGAAUUGGUAGAUAACGACAGUUGUGAGCCAAGUUACACAUGUGUUUUGUGCGAUAAACGAGGAGAUCCAAGAACAGUGAUGGCCCAUAUCACAAGUUACAAUCAUCGAAUGGCGUAUUUGAAUAGACAUUUUCCUACAAUUUCGCGGGCAAUCAUGGAAUUGCCUCGUACCCCGAACUAUAAACGCGGAGCGAAUGAGAUUUUGGUGUUAGUUGCAAAAAAAAUUGAAGAACAAUUGGGUAGAUUGCAACCGCAAUUGGUGGACAAAGGUCAAUUUGAAAAGAACAAAAUGCAGUUUAUUAAAAAAGUCUAUCAGGAUUAUCACUUUAGAGAAACGCCCGAGUUUACGUUAAUGGAAAUUUACGAUGUGCGAUGGGUGACGAAUUUUGAAGAGAAGAUGGCAGAAGUUUUGAAUGAAGCAAAAAAAGAAGAAGCAACAAUUGAAGAUAAUGUAGAACAGGAGAAAUUAAAGGAAAUGGAAAAAGAAAAAGAAUUGGAGAGGGAAAGAGAAAAGGAAAAGGAGAAAGAGAAAGAAAAACUCAAGGACAAGGAGAAGGAGAGAGAAAAAAGAAGAGAAAGCUACAGGGAUGGAAAGGAGAGAGAUUCUAAAAAACGGGAAUCAAGGUCUGACUACAAGGAUACAAAGAAUUACAAAAUUCGGAUUUUGACCAAGGACAAAUUAAAUAAAAGAUCGGAGAAAUCGCCACUUAAAGAUAAAUCGAAUAAGCCAGACGAUUUAAAAUCUCUAUCAUCGUUGUCGAGUAUUUCGAGUAGUCCAUCGCCAGUUCGUUCGAGAUCUCGUGAACGUAGUCGCGGUAGAACAAAUCAAUUAGACAAAGGUUAUAAUAAAUCUCGUCGCGGUAAUCGACGUCGAUCGCGUUCACGUUCCGUGGAAUUAGUUCGAGAGCGCGAUAAAUGGGACAAGUACAAAGAGCAAAUUCGCCGUGCCGAAGAGACACUUGAGAGAGCAUUGAAAUUUCAUGAGAAAAAUCCUGAGAAACAUCCCGCCUAUCCUGAUGAGUGGAAGAAAUUUUGGAAUCGUAGAUACAAAGAACUUCAAUCAGAGGGUAAAGAUCCAAGUAAACAUGACUUUAAACCAGAAUGGAUUGAAUUUUGGAAUAAAAGAAUGCGAGAACUUCACAAUGAGCAGGUAAAUCAGCGCAAGGAGGAAAUUCGUAAGAGACUCGAACUUCCAGAAGAAAAACCACCAGCGGAGAAAGUCACUGUGUCGAGGAAAAAGGAAAGAUCACCGAGUCCUAAGCGACGACAUCAAGAAAGUGAUGAUGAAGUCGAAUAUGUGGGGACAAUGAAAAUCAGACCCGAUUUUCAUGAUCGUUACGAUAUUCUCAGGGAGAGGGAGAGAGAACGAGAGCGUGAACGCGAGAGAGAAAGAGAACGUGAAAGGGAUCGUGAACGUGAAAAAGAUCGCGAGAGAGAAAGAGAACGCGUAAGAGAAAGGGAUUUGGACAGAGAUCGAGAUUACUAUCUCCCUUAUUCGCGAGGCCGCGGUUAUCGUCCACCAGCAAUUCCACCUUACUAUGGACCACCUAGAAUCGCAACCACCAGACCCAGAUAUCAUUCCACUCCUUAUCCACCUGAAAAAUCUCCCAGUCCCGUCAAAGAGGAAAUUCUCAGUGAAGAUCUCGAAAUUGUUGGACUUCUACGUCUUCUCACGGCUCUUGAGGGUCAAUUAGGUUCCCUAGGUCCGAAAAUUGUUUCCCUUCUUUCAAAAGCAUUGGCUGCGGAAAAAUCGAAACCAAACUCCGCCGAAGAAUUACUCUACGAUGAAGAAGUGAGCGUAAUGUUUGAAACUGUCAAAGAAAAAUUAAAAGGUCAAUUAUUCGCGGGAAUGAUCGAGAAAAUGGCAAUUGCACCAACUAAAACAGCAAUUCAAAAUAUCGCUCAACUUUUGCACAAGGCAACUGAGAACAAGAAAAAAAUGGAAGAGGAAAAGAAGAAACAAAAAGAACUCCUGGAACUCUCAAAAUCAAUGAAUGUUUUUAAUAGAACAUAUCCACGACUAACAGAUAUUCAAACAAAAUCAGAACCCAUGAGUGUUCCCGGAGUUGGUGCUAUUGACAAAGUUGCAAUUGCGCAACAAAUCGCCGCAGCAUUAGUCGCUCAAGGUAGAUCAAACGUCUCACAAGAAGAACUCGAAACAUUAAUCAAUGCCGUUGUUGGAAUGGCUGAAGCUUCAAAACAAAGCAAUAAAACCGUAACCACCGCCGAUUUUGUCAAAGGUUUAACAGCUACCGAUUCACCUGUCCAAGAAUCACCUCCACCACCACCACCACCACGUGCUCCCAGUCCUAUUCCAAUCAAGAAACCCGUUGAAAAAACCGUUGAGUCACAAGCAAAAAAAAUGGAAAGUUUAUCAGACGAGGAUCUUAAAGCUUUAUUGCAAAAUUUCAAAGAAUUAGGAACUGAGGAACAACAUGGUCUUAUUAGCUUUCUAAAAAAACUCGAAGCCACUGAUCUCGCUCGAGUUGAAAAACUUCGAGCCUAUGUGAAUCUUGGAGCACCAACAAAACCAAAAGAAAAAAGUCUCACACCAGAUGUUGAAACAAAAACUCGUCGUAGCAUUUCACCAUUUUCAACACGUAAAGGAAAUCAAAAUCCAACUGACGAUGAAAAUAAAUGGAAACCAAAAUUGGAUAUGUUUGCCGCUGAUGAGGAAACAAAAAAUGAUGAGAAGAAAAAACUUGAAUUCUCCGAUGAUGAUGACGAUGAUUAUACAUUUGAGGAUAUUUAUAAAGCAGCUGACAAAAAUGUUAAUGAAAAUCAAAAAGCAAAGGACUCAAGAUCACGAUCAAAUUCACCGAGAUCGUGGUCAAAUCCAAGAUCAAGAUCAAGAUCAAGAACGCCUAUUAAAGUGAAAGAAUCAAUUAAAACAAGUGAUCCAAAUGCAAUUUUAAAUGAAACAAAACGAUUAAUUGCAAAUAUUAUGGGCGAUUUACCGAAUAAAUAUACAUCGCAUAUGUCAUCAAAUAAUGAUGGACAACAAUCAUCACAUUCAAAUAUUGGAAAAAAUGAUGACGGUCCUUAUAAACAAAAUUAUGGACGUAAUUUGUCACAAGUUAAUUCAAUGAGCGGUCCUCCACCUAUUAAUAAUCCACCGAGUAAUUAUCCUCCAAUGAAUCAAUUUUCAAAUUAUCCACCACAAUCAUCGAUGUUUAAUUCAAAUCAAGGUUAUAUGAAUAAUGGUUAUAGUAAUUAUAAUCAAGGUUUUCCUCCAAAUCCGAGCCAAUUCGGUGGUGGUGGUGGAGGCGGCGGUGGAGGUGGUGGUGGUGGUCCCCCUAGUCAGUAUUCGCAACCUCCCUAUGGACAAAAUCAAUUUUCCGGACCACCUGGAAUAGGACCACCACCAGGUUAUCCUCCUCAACAAUUUAACAAUUAUCCACAGCAACAGCGAUUUUAUUAAUUUUUCAGUGACAUUAUUACAAAGGGGGCUGUGAAUUUGGAGAAUUUCGCAAAUUGACAUAAAAAUAUGUGAGUACAUUUCGGUUUUCUAAUAACUUGUAAUUUUUCUUAUUUUUAAUGGUUACAAACAAAUUUUUUUAAUUUGUAACCUUUUUAAAAUUAAAUCUACAAGUUAUUUUUAUCCAUCGUGAUUUGUAAGAUUCUUAUAAUUUUUUUUUUCAAAAUUAUCAAAAAUAUUUAAAAUGAAAUUUGUAGGAAGAAAAUUGAAAUUUUUUUUUUUUUUGAAGAUGUUGCAUGUAUUCGGAAAAAUUAGAAAAUUAUGUUUAAAGUAAUUUGAAAUAUUUUUUUGUAGUUAUAUUAUUAAUAUUUUUAUACUUAAAUUGUAUGAGACAAAAAUUUUCAAAUCUUAUUUCAGAAUUGUGAAUGAAAUUAAAAGCAAAAAAAAAAAAAAAAGAAAUUAUCAAUAUAAUUAUGCUAAUGGCAUUGUAGUUAUUAUAUUAUAACUAGUUUUAUGUUAUUUAAAAAAAAAUUACACGUUUUGAACUUUAAUUGGAUCAAUUCAAUUUUUGUAUAAUUUUUCUGUUAAAUUAUUUGCGACAUUUUCUAUUUUUGCGAAAAUCAAUCUUUUCUCACGAAUUAAAAUUUGAUUUCUGUCUCUUUUUUUUGUUAUUUAACACCUCCCUUACAAUAAAGAAAUGUAUAAGAAUUGAGAAGAAAAACAAAAAAAAAAAAAAAUAAUUACAAACUUUUACACUAAUUUUAAGAGUGGAUUUUACACAUUUUCACUUAUGAACGAUUGUAUGAAAGAAUGUGAUUUCUUUAAGCGACUUAGAAUGUAAGUCUUUUUUUUUUUUCUUAAUUUUACGAAAAUUAUAAUUGUGUAACUUUUUCGUUUUUUAUUUAGUCAAAAAAGUAUCCUUCAAAUGAUUAUAAAAAAAAAAAAAAAAAAAUUGUAAACGUUCUAUUUUCACAUAAUUAUUGUUUCAGAUUUGAAAUGUAAUUAGAAUUAUUUAGUGUGUAUAAAUAAAUUAAUAAAUAUAAAUAAAACAAUGAGAAUCGGAU